AUGUCUACCCUCCAGGCCGAACUCAAUGCUCCUCAAGAUGUCAUAUCCUGCAAGAAGCGAGCCAUACCGCAGCACUCUAAUCCAGCAAGACUAGUCCGCCACGACAACUCUCCGCCAGAGAACCCGGGUUUGCUCCCCAAAUGUAUACCUAUGAAUGAUGCCGCCUUCUCGACCGUCUCCUCUGCAUUCGUUGUCGGCGGACUGAUUGGGGCCCUGGCUGCUGGUCCUUUCGCCUCGAAGCGUGGUCGCUUGUCGGCUAUGCGUGUCACGGCCCUCGUCUUCCUUGCCGGCUCCGCGUUCGAGACCAUUGCCCCCAGUGUAGCCCUGCUCGUCAUCGGCCGCCUCUUGUCGGGUGCGGCAGCCGGAGCUGCGACCGUUGUCGUGCCUCUGUAUGUCAGCGAAAUUGCGCCUCCCAAGGAGCGCGGCCUGUUCGGCUUUAUGACACAGAUUUCAAUCAACCUGGGCAUUCUCUUGACGCAGACGCUCGGCUUCUUCCUGAGUCACGGUGAUUCCUGGCGCAUCAUCCUGGCAACCGGUGCCAUUAUUGCACUGGUCCAGUCUUUCGGCCUGCUUUUCGUCCCUGAGAGCCCGGCUUGGCUGGCUGCCAACGGAGACGUGAAUGGUGCCCGCCGCAUCUUGCAGCGCAUCCGUGGUAAGGAUUUUGACAUUGCCGAAGAAGUCGAGAGCUGGGACGGCGAAGGACGCAGCGCAGAGCAACAAGGACUUCUGGCUCAGACCGAGCCUGAAGACGCCGACUCGGCACCACUGUCUGUGGGCAGGACAACUGGAAGACAUCUUGGCUUCCUUGAGGUCGUCAAGGAUCCCCUCUACCGGCCGGCCAUCAUUGCUGUCGUUGGCGUCAUGUUUGCCCAGCAGUUGAUCGGCAUCAACUCGGUCAUCAUGUACUCCGUCUCGCUGCUUGCCGACCUUCUCCCAUUCAGCUCUGCUCUGUUGACUAUCCUCAUCUCCGUCAUUGGCCUCUUUAUGACUAUCGCCUGCGCUCCCCUGCCAGACCGUCUCGGCCGGAAGGCCUGUAUUCUCGCGUCCAUCAUCGGGCAGGGCUCCAGUGCCCUGGUCCUUGCGCUGUCAAUCCGUUUGGGCAUCAAGUUCCUGUCCGCCAUCUCUGUUGCCUUCUUUGUCGCCUUCUUCGCUGUGGGCCUGGGUCCUGUGCCGUUUAUCCUUGCUUCGGAGCUCGUCGGCCAGGAAGCCGUCGGCGCUACGCAAUCAUGGUGCCUUGCUGCCAACUACGUCGCUACUUUCCUCGUUGCGCAGUUCUUCCCCUUGAUCAACACGGCACUGAACAGCGCCCUCGGAGGCGCGGGCUGGGUGUACUUUAUCUUUGCCGGGUUCGCCGCGCUUUUCGCCCUCUUCACUGUGUGGAGGAUACCCGAGACAAAGGGUAAGAAGGACUGGAAUGAAGUUUGGGGACGCUCGCAGAGGUUGGACUGA